CGGAUGUUGUGUUGUUUGGAUACACCAAGACCCCACAACAGACCACCACGAGGAACAUAAGCAGAUUAAUUCAACACGAAAGAUCAUUCACACGACACUAAUAUUCAAGUAAUAACGCCCUGAGACUAACGGGCAUACUUGGAACAGCAAAAGAUAAAUGACCGUGAGCGAGACAUGGAUUAAGCGUGCCGACCGCAUCGGCAUUUUAUGAGAGUGUAUUCAAUCAGAUCCACCCUUUGGGCACUAUGGACGGCAACUUACCACCAUGGAAUAAACAUGGAGGCCAUAACACCAGGGGUCCCCAUAAUAUAGCAGGGGAACAUCAGGAGGUAGGUUACAAUAACUAUAUAUCUGUACAUUAUGAUAAAGUAAUGACUGAGGGGAAUUAUGGAGAAAGAACAGAAGAGUUUUCCCACAGUACCUGGCUCCAAACACAGCCACAGGAUCAUAACUUGAUAGAAGACAGCUCUGCUGCUGGAGAACCCGUUUCAUCGCUGUCAUCUUGUAUGAGUGGUGCAUUUAAGGCUUUGCUACCAGAUUACCAUGGAACUUCAUCAGAAAUGACAACUGUUAAAUAUUCGUAUUCUCCCAAUUCUCUCGUUAAACCUGGUACUUCAGUUGACGAAAAGAUAGUAGUGGGGAAAAGGGAAAAAAGUGAUUAUCUGAAAGACCCUUUGUGUGAAUCAUCAACUAGUGUGACACACAUGCUUCCUCCCAGAUGUUCCCAAUAUGUGCCUCAAGAAAAGGACCGAGAGGUGGCCCAAGGAAACUGUAAUUGGACAUCAGUGAUCAAAGAUGCUUUAGAGAUGAGUAAUGGAAUGGAAAUGGAACAGACUUUAUCCAUGGAUGUAUGUGGCCCCUUGAUGGACUUAAAUCCUGUAUGUAAAGGACCUGAGACUGAGGCAAAAUUUACAUUAAUGGAUGACUAUAAGAUAGCAGGAUCCAAACUAAAUGAGAAGCCGGAUGGUCAAGGAGUGAAAGGAGAACCGGAUACCUUUAUUUCAAUGUUGUCAGAUGGCAUCAGUAAAAAGCAAGACGUCCUGGAAAUGGGGGAAAAUGAUGAACCAAGCAUGUUAGUUGUUGGAACAUCUCAAAUGAAUGAGGAACUUGGAAUGACUGGAAAUGGAGAAAAUGAACCAGGGUUUUUACCAGGAUUUAAUAGGAGUUCAUACACUCCUUUUUCUUCAUCAGAAGGUUUUAUGAAAAGUGAAGAGUUCCUGGGUAUUCCUACGGUCAAGCAGUCUGUUGAACACAUCCUCCAGGGAACAACACAAGGACCCAAGUCGUGCAAAGAUGUCAGUCCUAGAAAAACUGCGGGUACAAGCAUUUGCUUCAAACAUUCAACAGUAAACGAUAUAACUGUUCUUGAAGGUUCUUCUGUAUAUGGUCUUCAUCAUCUUGAUCAAAAGGACUGUCACCAAGCAGAGGUUACAGAUGGAAAUGCUUCAGUUAACACCCAUGAUCAUUCCCUACACUAUGAUGUGCAGGACAAGAGGGUAAACGCAAGAAAUCUGCAUGCCUCUGAGACUACAUUAAUAGAGCAAAGUGCUGCAUGUCUUCCUGACUCUAGUAAACUAAAAAAACAAGAUUGUGUACUUUCUCCAGCCUCAGUGGGCAGUCAAAAUACAGCUUUGGUCGAAUGUGAGAACUCAAAACUGCUGAUUCCAACAGAAGAUAGGACCAGCCUGUCUGUACCAGGACAAAUUCAAAAUGUUUUUCAAAAGACAAGAGUUAGCACAAAAAAUGCAGAACGCGAUCUAAAGAUGGAAACAGAAUCUUCCCCUGAUAUUCAAAACUUUUCAUCAGGAUCAGAGACAGUACCACAUCAAACUGUUGUAUCCAACAAAAUUCAACUUGAUUAUAAAUGCAAGGAUUCUCAGAUAAAACCACAGGAAAGUGACAUAUUAAAUCCAAGUACAGUUCUUCUGCCUUGUGAUGAAAAGGUACAAAACUCUGAAAAAAAUGAAAGGACGUUUCUCAACAUUACUUCAGAAAGCAGUUUUCCACCACCCAGUGAGAAUGUUCAUGCAGCUCCACCUUUUCCCACCUCAAGGAUCGAUUGCUCCUCUCAGCCUAACCUACAGAAAGCAUUGCAAAAGCAUAAGAAAGCAAGAAAAAUAAAAAAAUCUGAACUUGAGGAAUUAAAUGGACCACUACACAAAUCUAAUAAAAGAGAUGAUUUUUCUGUGUAUAACUCGGUAAUUUCGGACAGUGCUGAAAAACCUGACGCAAUUGAAUGCGAAGACACCAAUCAGAACUUUUCAUUGGUUAAUCAUGGCAGCACUGCACCGAAAGAGGAGGACUUAAUUGCAAAUGGUGAUGUAAACCCACCUUCAUCUAGAAGAAAAUCACAACUGCGGAUGACACAACUUGAGCUAGUGGCAGAUACAGCGGAAACCUCACAAAAUCCAGAUCAUAACUGCUCUGAAACCUCUCAGGUAAAAGCACCGUCAACUGCUAUGAUCGACAGGAAGGCUGUUUCUAGAAGGAAACUGAAGAACAAAACAAGGUUACGUUUAAAAGCAAAAAAAUCUGCUGGAUUUAGCAAUCAGUGUUUGUCUCAAGGCACUGUCUUGUCUGCAGAUGAGGACUGUACAUCACAUUUUCAGGCCAGUGGCGCCACCCUGGUAAAAGAAGUCAGCAACCCAGAAAUAAUCCAACAGGCCACCUCUAGAUUAGAGUCCAGUAUUGCUGAGUGCAGUCCAGAAAAAUAUACUCUGCAAACACUACAAAGCAAAGGCGACCCACAUGAUGAACCCACAACGUUUACAGAAGUUGAGGCCGAUUUAAUGGACUUCAAGAAGCAUCCAAAGGUGAGAAGACCUGGUAUAAAAACUUCUAGAGCCAAAAAUGAUGAGCAUGAAACUAGUCUGCUAAAUAGUCCGUCUUUACUGGAGUCUGUGAGUCAAGCAGAUUCUGUUUCAAGCUCAGUGACUGAAUCUUCAAAUAUUAUAAGCCCUCAGAAAAACCCAAAGAAAUCAAAGCAAAAUAAGAGAGCAGAUAUCAACAAGGCAACACAGUCCCAACAAGAUGAUAUUCCGUUACCAUUAUCAAAAUCCAGGGAACACAUGGUGAUUUCCAAUACUAGAAUAGAUGACUGUGACACUACUCUUUUGGACAUACAACCUUCUAUAGCCACUCUGAAGCGAAUAGAUUCUGUUCCAACGGCGGGAACUGAAGUUGAGUCUCCAGUUGUUCUCAGCACGCAAAGGAAGUCACUGAAAAAGAAACGGUCCGAUAUUAAAUGUAAAGUUAACCAAACAACAGCUCAACAGAGUGUUUUGAAUCCACUCUCAGAAUCUGAUGCUAGCAUUGUGCAACCAACUACAAGAAGGUUCAGUCCAAGAAAAACAUUUGACACAAUUUUUUCCCAUAACGCAGUCAGUGAGAGCUGUGAAAAUGUUCAUUUGAAUCAGUCAAUUUCUUCAGUUGAUUCUAUGUCUUCUACAGAAAUUGACAUUUCAGGUGUCAGCCAAAAGAAAACAGAAAAGACGUCAAGUAAAAGGAGAAAGACAAAAAUCAAAUUUAUGGAGGGACAAACAUCCACUACUAGCCAAAAGGACGAUGUUAUUGUACUGCCUUCAGAAGAUUUUGCAUCUGUUCUGGUUUCGAAUCCUGAAAAGACCGUGAAAGUUGAAAGUCCCUCUAGAAACAAAACAAAUGACGACCCCUUAAAGGAUAAUUUGGUUGAAGACACAAUAUUAGCAUUUGUGACACAAGAAAAUUCUUUUUCACCUUCAAAGAUUGAUUCAAGACGAACCAAAACACUGAAAAAGCCAAGAAAAAAGAUUGUAACCAAAAUAAAAAAUGAGGCGGAAGGAAUACUCGAUGUAAACCAGCAUGACGAUUUUGUUGCAAUAACCUCAAAAUCUAGUGCAGACAUAGUGGCCUCCAGUUCACCAAUGACUUUAAAAGAAAAAAGACUUGUGGAAAAUGCAAUUGCAGAGAACGUGAAGGGGAACCAUGCAACUGCUCUUUUCAUCAUGCAGACUUCUACAGCCACUUUGCAGCACACUGAAUGUGUUUCAACUUCAUUUGCACACAGCACGCCAAAAAAAUCUAGGAAAAUGUCUGACAUUAAAGGCGAAGCAACAACACCUGAAGUUGACCAAUCAAUGCAACAAGAACUCCAUCAAUUUGAUUCUGCGUCAGCUACAGAAAUGGAUAAUUCAGAUGGUGUACGCCAAAAGAAGAUAAAAGUGAAGACGAAAAGACGUAAAAAGGUCACUAAACGCAAAACACAUGUUACCCAAGUAAUCAAAAAAAUUGGAGAACCGUCUCUUUCAGCAACUAUGCAGCAAGAAUAUUCAGUUUCUAACAGAAACACAAAUUCAAGGUCAGAAGAAUUGAAAAUUAAACGUAUGAAAAAGAAGACAUCACUAAAAGUCAGAAAUGUUCAACCAGAAGACCAUGCUGAACAUCAUUCGUUUUUGUCAGCACUUUUGCCUCCACCAAUAUCUCUGGGUAAGGAUGCAACACAAGACCCUUGCAUAAAAACAGACAUUUGUAAUGAAUCAGCUGAAAGUCAUGUUGAAAACCAGGUUUUCUCUGAAGAUGUUGCAUUCUCUCAGAGCUCACCAAAGAAGGUAAAGAAAACACCAGUGAAACAAUUGCUAGUGCAAAAAGAAGAUAAAGAACAAGGCAACAUUCAAGAGCUGGCUCUCGGAGAGGACGAAAAGUCUGACAUGCCAUCUGUUGUGCGGGAGGUAGCCUUUGAGAAUUUUGAAACGUUAGAAGCAGACGGCUGUGACCAUCAGACGAAGGAGAAAGCCAAAAUAUCCAAGCAAAUUGCAGAAACGCAUGAAUUUGCUAAUAUUUCUUUGUCUCAAGAGAAAAAUACUGGAUCAGAUGAGGCAGGUGUCAUGGUCACCUUUACACAGAUCCAAGAUUUCUGUAAACUAGAUGAUGGUCAGACUGUAGAACCACAGCCUGAAAAAGAAGAGGAAGAUAGUAGAAUUAAAGAUCUCAAAGCCACAAAAACCCCUAAAACAAAGAGUAGAAAAGCUAGGCGAAAGAAGAUAGCAGGCCUGUUAUCUCGAACGGUUAAAGAUGAGGAACAUAAAGAUAUAUCUUAUGAAAAUAGAAUUGUCUGUGAUUUUCAAAACAACACAAAAAUUCUAAUUUCUAAUAACUCGCAGAGGACAGCAGUUAUUCCAGAAGAACCAGUAAUGAAAUCAAGAAAAUCAACCCGCACACAAAAAACAAACUCGGGAACAUUUAUUCAAAAUGUGUCAACCCAGGGCUCUUUAGACAUCAUUGAAUGUCAUACAAGGCUUGGAGAGACUCUUUCUGGUUCUAUGCAGCCUGAUGAUUGUGAAGGCCAGCACACUGUUGAGCAAAAGUCACCAAGACGUGGAACACCACCUUCACUUAAAAGCAAGAAACAGAAGUUAUCUAUAGCACAUUUAGAAGAUAACACCACUCCAUCUGCCCAUGUCUCAGAUUUCUCUUCAUGCCAGGACAGCACAGAGACUCUUUCCAGUUCCAUGCAACCAGCUGAUUGUGAAGGCCAGCACACUGUUAAGCAAAAGUCACGAAGACGAGGAAGACCACCCUCAAUAAAAAGCAAGAAACAGAAGUUAUCUUUAGCACAUUUAGAAGAAAACACUGCUCCAUCUGUCCAGUCCUCAAACCUCUCUUCAUGUCCGGACAACACAGAGACUUUUUCCAGUUCCAUGCAACCUGCAGAUUGUGAAGACCAGUGCAUUGUUAAUAAAAAGUCACCAAGACGAGGAAGACCACCCUCAUUAAAUAGCAAGAAACAGGAGUUAUCUAUAGCAUGUUUAGAAGACAACACCUCUCCAUCUGUCCAGAUCAUAGAUCCCUCUUCAUGUCAGGACAGCACAGAGACUCUUUCCAGUUCCAUGCAACCUGCAGAUUGUGAAGGCCAGCACACUGUUGAGCAAAAGUCAAGAAAACGAGGAAGACCACCCUCAAUAAAAAAGAAGAGACAGAAAUUACCUAUAUCAUAUGUAAAGAAUAACAUCUCUCCGUCUGUCCAGUUCUUAGACCCUGAUUCAUGUCGGGACACCACAGAGACUCUUUCCAGCUCCAUGCAACCUACUGAUUGUGAAGGCCAGUACACUGUUAAGCAAAAGUCAAGAAAACGAGGAAGACCACCCUCAAUUAAAAACAAGAAACAGAAGUUAUCUAUAGCACAUUUAGAAGAUAAAACCUCUCCAUCUGUCCAGUUCCUAGAUCUCUCUUCAUGUCAGGAGAGCACUGAGACUCUUUCCAGCUCCAUGCAUCCUGAUGAUUGUGAAGGCCCGUACACUAAGCAAAGGUCACCAAGACAAGGAAGACCAUCCUCAAUUAAAAAUAACAGACGGAAGUUGCCUAUAGCACAUUUAGAAGAUAACACCUCUCCAUCUGUCCAGAUCUCAGACCUCUCUUCAUGUCAGGACAGCACAGAAAAUACUGCCAAAGCAGCUGCAAGUCCAGUGAAGCAAGUGGAUAAUGUAACUUUUACCAAACAAUUGGGGACUGAUCCCUCAGAAUCCCUUCAGAGUGUUGCUGAUGACUUGUCACACAACAUCCCUGCACCCAAGCAUAAAAAAGGGAAGAACUUUAAAAGACUUAAGUUGUCAAGCUUGAGAUUAUCCAGCAGAACAUCUGAACCUUCAGUCAAAGGUUUUCAAAAAGCAGAUAUAGAUUCCAUCCCUCAAAAAUCCACAAAGGAUUUCAAUGAGGAAGGGGAAACAUCUUUGCAAAUGCCUAGGACAGCAAAGAAAUUGGAAAUUUGUGAAAAAACUGCUAUACAAGAUGGAGAUGUCCUGGCAGAUAUAAAGAUUGAGAGAAAGGCUACAGUUAAAAUAUUGAAAGGAGCAAAACGUGGUCGGAAGAGACGAAAAAGUAAAAAACCAACCUCUGAUCUUGCAACUGAUCAUGAAGAGCUUCAAAGGUUUACAACAAAAAACAAAAAUGACGAAAGACAAGAUUGUUCUGAACCAGCCAAAAGUUUACUGACAACGUUUAGUAUAACUAAUGAAUGUGCUACAGAGGACCAGUAUAAUCCAGUAACAUCAGAGAACAAUGAUAAGGAGAAAACUUCCACUCAAAUGUCCACUUCUUCCACUCACCUAUCCUCCAAUUUAAUGAAAGAAGUAAAGAAGUACAAUGAACACGAUGCUGAACCAAAUGGAAACCAUUUAUUUGCGGUUACUGAUAAUUCAGGACUCUCUGGGGGAGUCUCUAGUGGAAUUUGUAACUUAAUUUCUAACAAUGUGGUCAAAGAGGAGUCAGAACACAUUUUUCUGGAUACAAAAAUUAAACCCAACGUUGAGCUGAAAUGUACUCCGCAAACAGCUGGACAAAGUGUGGAAAUGUCUGGAAAAAAAAUGCUUGACAACUUGUUUGAAAUAGAAAACACAUUUCAGACAUCUACAAAACAUAAAAUGGAUGCCUUUACAAAGGAUAGUGAGGAAUGUGUUGUAAUGCCAAAAAAGGUGUCUAAAAAGAAAACAAUGAGAUCCAAGCCUAAAGAAAUAAUGAAGAAACCCCUCACAUGCAAAUACUGUGGUGUUUCCUUUCGGCACAUUACAGCAUAUGCCGUUCAUCAACGCAUUCAUACAGGUGACAAACCCUACAAAUGCAAGAUCUGUGGAAAAACCUUUGCUCAACUGUCCAAACUCAAGUCUCAUCGUAAUGUACAUAAACAGGAUGCCUCUUUUCCUUGUCCUUGCUGUAGCCAAAAAUUCUUGCAGAAAGAAAAUUUGCUAUGUCAUUUUAAAGUCCACCUGCAUGAAUCAAAGACAAACACUGAACCACAGACGGGCAUUAAGAGCAAGAAAAAUACUUUAUCAGAUGUGUGUUCAGAGACCCCAAACAAUUACAGGUGCCUUAUUUGCAAGAAAAACUUUUUAAGCCGCGUCAAAUUACAGAAUCACAUGCAAUCACAUGAAGUGGAGAAGCCCUUGACUUGUAAGGACUGUGGGAAGAAGUUCUGGAAACCAUCAAGCCUCACAGCUCAUGAAAAAAGCCACUGGCCUGUUAAACCAUAUGCAUGUUCAAUUUGUGGAAAAGGAUUUAACCUGCUAAAGGCCCUAAAAAAGCAUUCUCAAGACCAUGCCGGCGAGACCCCUUUCUCCUGCUUUCACUGCGGUCAUGCAUUCAGUGCUCUGUCUGCACUUCGGAUGCACCAGGCAUCCAAAACUUGCAUUGCAAGGAGGAAUGAUGGGGCAAGAGGUAACAUUGAGGGCUUUAUUGUAAGUCAAGGAGUUGAUGGUCAAGUGAACACACCAGUGUUCUUCAAGUGCCAAAUAUGCAAACAGCUUUUCAGGAAAUGGUGCCAAUACACUCUUCACCUUCAAACACAUACCAGCUCUCCCCCAUAUAUUUGUUUUUCUUGUGGACAGUGUUAUGAGAAGGAUUCAGAGAUGAAUGUUCAUUGCGAGGUUUGUUGCCAGUCAAGUGGGGAGGAUCAGAUUUGUGGUGCAUCACUCUCUGAAAUCAUGCAAGGUGUUAUCCAAACCUACCCUUUAAAGUGUACCUCAAAACAGACUCCAUCAAGUACAGGAUUUCACCUGAAUUCCCAAAUGCCGAACCGCUCAGAACAACUCCCACAACUGCCUCAAUCGAUAGAUGUGGAACUUCCACAAACAAAAGAGACAGAUCUCUCUGAAAUUCCUAAAAUGGAUUCUACCCUGUCACCCAUCAAGCUCCCAAUUGCCCAAACUCCCACUCAUUCUGAUGUUAGAUGUAUUUCCACAAGUAGCCCUCAAGACUGCAUUGAAAUCUCUCAGAGUCUUUUGAAAUUCAAGUGUUCACGUUGUGGUCAGCGAUUCGAGCAGUACAGGACUUUGAGUGCUCAUCUGCAAAUGCAUGCUCCUGGUUUCAGAUAUACCUGUGCACAGUGUGGACAGUUCUUCGAAAGGUGGAGUAAACUAUGGCUGCAUCAGCGACGUCAUCGUCUAAAAAGCCGUUCCUACUCUUGUAAUCAGUGCAAUCUGCAGUUUCGAUUCUUGAGCUCCUUUAAGGAACAUAUGAUUGACCAUGCUGGAGAGAAAGCAUAUGCUUGUUCGCUCUGUCCCAGAACCUUCAUUCAGGAGUCAAGCUUACAUGCUCACCAAUGUGAGUCUCAUAAACAACUUUGUAAAAGUCUCAAAUGUGAUGUCUGUUCUAAGACUUUCAGUAGUUUAACAAACUUAAUCAAGCACAGUCUUCUGCACAAUGGUUCUACCUCUCAUAUUUGUCUCGCUUGCAAUCUCUCGUUCACAAAUACAAGAGUCUUAAAGGAACACUUGAAAACGCACACCACCGACCAUGGUCCGGUCCUCCCUGAUAUUCCUUCAAAGCCCCUCGAUUUUCCUCACAAAUGCAAGAGAUGUAAAGCUAGCUUUUCAACGGGGGAGUUGCUCUACGCUCAUCAGAUACGGCAUUCCAGAGAUGCAAAGAGUAAUGUUCAUUCAGCGACAGUACCUACCUCAAAAUUGUCAGAUUCUUGUAGUGAGACACCAUCUACCCUAACCUCCACUCAAAAGAAUCAUAUAUCAAACCUCAAACUUGAUGGCAUACCCGAUGAUGAAAGCCUGUAUGUUUAUUCCCACCCUGACAGGCUCUAUGUCCCCUUUAGUCGCAGAGUACAGAUUCCAGUCAUUAAUUUGGACCCUGAUGAACAGGAGGUCUCAAACUCUCAGACAACUAGUCCUGAACUUCCAAACAGUGAAAUCACUGCUCAGUCUGACAGCACACAUCUACCUCAGGCCACAUCAGGUCAGGAAACCACCAACCUAAAUUCAAGUGAAAGCCCAAAAGAGAAGGCAAAUGGUGAUUAUAGCUGCACGCAUCAGAGAACUAGAUUUGUGGAGACAAGUGUUGAUAUGGAGGUAGAAGCGACUGCUCAAGAAGAGUCGUCAGAGGAGGGAUUUGAAUGUGCAGACUGCACUGAAAAACUUAGCAGCGUGCUCAACCUUUAUGAACAUUACAUACUUCAUGCAAUGGGAGAUGCGUAUGUACAAGUACAUUGAUCUUUGAUAAUGUUGGAAGGUAGAUGGUUUCCCAAGUGUUGACACUAUUAUCUUUUUUACACUUUGUUUUUGCAUGUUUGACGCAAAUAUCGGCUAAACGUUUAUCUUGUAUUUUAGUUGAUCUUGAAUUUAGUUGAUUACCAUACCUCUUUCCUCUAACAUACUCUUUGAGCCCUCAGGUUAAUUUAGUUUAAUACAUGGGUCAUGUCACCAUGCCUUAUUUCAAAUCAUCUCUGUACUGCUCGUAUGUCUUGAUUUUUUAAUUUGUGCCUUCAGUGAGAGGUUUGGUUCUGUAAAGGAUCUGUAAAUAGCUAUAAAUAAAACUUCAUAACUACACAUACUGCUAGUCCUCCCUGUUAAAAUCUCAUUACAUGUUUCCAAUUGAAAUUUUGUAAUAUUGAGAUUUGGUUGAAUAUAGGUUAACCUAGAGCGUUCAUAUAUUAUGUCUGGAUGGGACAAAAAUAUAAUGUAUAUUGUAAAUAAUGUGUAGAACAUUUGAUAAUUUCUAUAUGCUUGUCAUUGUAGUCAGAUUUCUUUUAAUAAAACAUACUACGCGUCGUGUAA